AUGAAACGAAAUUUAACUUUUGUAUUCUUUUUAUUGUUUACUCUUUCCGUGAUCAGAGCAUUUCCACACCAACUUAAAAAGAGACUUACUGCCUUUGGUCUAUGUCCUCCUAAAGAUGGUACGACACCACCUUUAAUCUCUGUAGAACUUGGUCCUGAUCCUAUUCUUCCAGGACAACAAGGUAUUUUUGUUGUCACCGGAACUUUAGAGGAAGAUAUCAUAUCAUCAACCCAUCUUGUUGGUUAUUAUAGUAAUCCUGAUAAUAGUCGCUCCGUAAGCGAUAAUUUUACUCAGUCAUUUUGUGGUGGAAGUGGGUGUCCAAUUAAAGCUAAUACCCAAUUUACGUCAUACAUGAGAACUAUUGCACCAGAAAUCUUAACUGUUCCAUACGGCAUUGUGGUAUAUAUUGUAGAUGUAACUAACAAAACAAUAGGCUGCGCAACUGCCUUAAUUCAGCUCUAA